GAAGACAAAUCAAUCAAGCAAAAUUUUGUCUUAAAACAAAAAUCUUUAAUCAAUAGUAAUAAUUUUCUAAAUUCUUAAUAGGUGCAAAUUCUGCAAGCAAAAAUGGAGAAAGUCAAAUUCUUUGCAAUUAUCUUUACGGUGUCAAUGGUUAUGACAAUGGUUUCGGCGGAAGAGUUACCGGUGAAAGUGACGGGCAAUGAGAUGACUCUUGCGGCGGAGGCUGCCGCUUCGAGUUUCAAAAGCAGCGCCGGAGAGGCUGCUCAAGGAGCCAAGUCAUGGGCUGAUUGGGCUACUAGCAAAAUCAGGCAUCUUGGCAGCUUGGAGAAAACACCCGGAUCAGAUUGAAAAUCAUCGAAAGUUUUUUUAGUAAACAUUUAUCUCAAGAAUAUGCAUAAAUGUUUAUGAAGAAAAAAAUAUGUAAACAGUUCUGUUGCAUUCACUUGUACCUUAUUGAAACUCUUAUUUGUAUUAAGACUUUUUUCCAGUAAUGCUAACAUGUAAUUUAAAGACACUACUAACCCUAAUUUAAGUUGAGAAAAAAAAAAAAAAUUACAACUUAAAUCUUAUUGUAGCUUCAAGUUUUCUAAUAAUCAAUGUUUUAAUUGCAAUUUGGU